AAUUCAAAUCCCAAAAUAAACAUCACUCACACCCAAAAUAUCAAUCCCAUCUCGAUUUCAUUUCAUAUCAUCUGAAUCUGAUGGGUACUUCUCAGAGCCGUGAAGGCCGUGAAUUCUCCGAUACCGAUUCCGAUUACGACGAACAAAAAGAAGAUUCAGUAGAAGACGAUUACCAAGACGCACAAUCUCACUCUCAACCCCAUUCCACCCAACUCGACGAAGUAGACGCCAAACUCAAAGCCUUAAAACUCAAAUACCCUUCUUCUUCAUCUUCACCUUCACAACCUCACACACCAACACCAACACCUCUUCCUUCAAACACCGUCAAGCUUUACCUUCACAUCGGCGGCAACACUCCCAACGCCAAAUGGAUCCUCUCCGACAAACGCACUUCCUACACCUUCGUCAAACUCGAAGACGAAGACGAAGACGAUGAACAAAACGACGCCGCUCAAGGUCCAUGGAUUCUCAAAGUCGGUUCCAAAAUUCGCGCUAGGGUUUCCACUGAACUACAAUUGAAGAUGUUCGGCGAUCAACGUCGGGUUGAUUUCGUAUCCAACGGUGUCUGGGCUCUUAAAUUCCCCACCGAUGAAGCUUACCGGAGAUUCGUCACUGAAUUUCAGGAUCACACGUUUGAGAAUGUGUACGGUCUCUCCCCGACUGAAGAGAACAAGAUCAAGGUUUAUGGUAAGGAGUUUAUCGGUUGGGUGAAGCCUGAAGCUGCAGAUGAUUCGGUUUGGGAGGAUGCUUCGGAAGAUGGUUUCCGGAAGAGCCCUGAACCGUAUCGAUCUAGAGGUGAUUUGAUGGAGGAGUUUGAAGAAGCUUCGAAUGGAGGUAUUCAAACCCUAACCCUAGGUGCUCUGGAUAAUAGUUUCCUCCUUAAUGAUACUGGCUUUCAUGUUUACCGGAAUUUCGACCGGGGAAUUCGCAAGGGAGUUGAUGUGAAAUUCGAAGGUGGGAACCUCCGGGAAGAGACUCCGAAUAAGGCUUUGUUGAUGAGGGCGGAGACUAACAUGAUGCUGAUGAGUCCCCUGAAUAAUGGAAAGCCACACGCUUCCAAGCUUCAUCAGCUUGAUAUAGAAACUGGGAAGAUUGUUACAGAGUGGAAAUUCGAGAAGGACGGGGCUGAUAUCACGAUGAGGGAUAUCACGAAUGACACGAAAGGGUCGCAACUGGAUCCUUCCGAGUCAACCUUUUUAGGCUUGGAUGAUAACCGUCUAUGUCAGUGGGAUAUGCGUGAUAGAAAGGGAGUUGUUCAGAAUAUUGCCACUGCUAAUUCUCCAGUGUUGCAUUGGAAUCAGGGGCAUCAAUUUUCAAGAGGAACUAACUUUCAGUGCUUUGCAACGACUGGAGAUGGUUCAAUUGUAGUGGGAUCUCUUGAUGGGAAGAUAAGACUAUAUUCGAAAACAUCUAUGAGGCAGGCCAAGACUGCUUUUCCGGGGCUUGGUUCGCCUAUUACAAGCGUAGAUGUCACUUUUGAUGGGAAGUGGGUGUUGGGAACCACGGAUACUUAUUUGGUGUUGAUUUGUACAUUGUUUACUGAUAAAGAUGGGAAGACAAAGACUGGAUUUGGUGGUCGUAUGGGAAACAGGAUAGGUGCACCUAGACUGUUGAAACUCACUCCCUUGGAUUCUCAUUUGGCGGGCACUACCAAUAAGUUUCAUGGUGGUCACUUCUCAUGGGUCACCGAGAACGGUAAACAAGAACGACACCUGGUUGCAACGGUGGGCAAAUUCAGUGUGAUAUGGGAUUUUCAGCAGGUAAAGAACACUGCUCAUGAAUGUUAUAGGAAUCAAGAAGGGCUGAAAAGCUGUUACUGUUACAAGAUAAUAUUGAAGGACGAGUCAAUCAUAGAAUCAAGAUUUAUGCAUGACAAAUAUGCCGUUAGUGACUCCCCCGAAGCUCCGUUGGUGGUAGCAACUCCUAUGAAAGUUAGCUCCAUCAGUAUGUCUGGAAAGAGAACCAGAACCGGUUAAACCUUCGUCCACGUUUUCUUUUCUAUUGUUCAUUUUAAGGUUUCGAAUUUCUAGCGUUAGGAGUGCUUUCAAGUCUCUGAUACAAUUUUUCUUUCUGUACAAAAAAAAAUAGUUUGCCUUGUUUUUUUUUUCUUUCUUACAUUGGUCAUUUUGUGAUUA